CGAUGUUAUGGCUGACAUGAUCAUUUACGUAUGACGUAACCAAGAAGAAGUUUGAGAUUUGCAAUACUUAGAGGCAGUUGAAUAUCAACCGUCACGGAACAUAGUUUAAAUUACAAGAUAUCAGAAGAAGAUCUUAGCAACUGUUCGUUCAGCGAUGGCAAACAAAUUGGAGAAUAUCAUUUACUGUGGACCAUGCGAGUCGCAACAUUUAACUAAUAUUGCAGAGCUUUGGUGUCCAAAUUGUACUGAAGGCUUAUGCUCAACCUGUUUGAAGUACCAUAACGUUUCAAAAUCUACUCGUAUGCACAAAACUAUAACAAUUGAAAAUCUCACAACUCUGCCAGAUUUUGUACGCGACAUAGAUUAUGCCUGUUCAAACCAUUCCAAUGUUCUUGACCUAUACUGCAGUGUGCACGAGAAAGUAUGUUGUAUGGAUUGCAUAACCAGUGAUCAUUCUGAAUGCCCAGGAAUUACGUCACUUGUUAAAGUAGUUCAGGGGGUGAAGGAAUCAGCAUUUUACCACAGCAUUAUGAAAAAUAUCGAAGAUCUUACAGAAUAUGCUUCAAAACUUCAAAAGAAUAGAAAUGAAAAUGCUGACAAGCUACAACAAGAGAAACGCUUCUUGUUUGAAAAAGUAAAAUCCAAACGUAAAGAAAUUGCAUCUCAUUUAGAUAAAUUAGAAGAAGAUCUCUUGCAGCAGAUAGACUCAACAAUGACGCAAGAGUCGCAACAAAUAAACGAAGCUGUUUCUAAUCUGCAGAAAAAAAUCGAUACACUGACAGAGUAUAAAAGUCAAAUUUCUUCAUUGAUUGAAAAUGCCACUGAAGUUCAAACGUUUUUAGGAUUAAAAGAAAUAGACAACAAUAUUGUCAAAGAAGAAGAAAACAUGUCUCGAAUGGUGGUAGAACCUGGCAUGAAAGAAACCAGUGUAAAAAUGGAGUUUGCUAAUGAAAUUGAUGGCUUCGCAGACGAAAUUAAACUGAUGGGUAAUCUAGAACUUAAUAAGGUAACAACAGACAUGCGUUAUGCUGGAACGAAAUCACAACUCGCAAAAAGUUUAUCAAAUAUUAAAUCAGGAAUAGACAAUAUUAAACUGUCCUGCAUAACUAAAUUUAAAAUACCUUAUAAUUUCCAGGCGGAAAACAAUAUUUGCAGUUGUGCUAUAUUAGCAGAUGAGCGAGUUAUUUUGUUAAACAAGUGCUCAAAUGAAACAUCAGGUGGGUUGCAUAUCUUUAAAAAGAAUGGUGAUUACCAGGAACGCGUUUUAUGCACUUCUAAUCCAUCUGGACUUGCAGUAAUGAAUAAGUCUGAAAUUGCUGUAUCUUUUUGUAAAGAAAAAUCCAUUAAAGUAUAUGAAUCAGAAAAAUUCACUGUACAACGCUUGUUGAUAGAUGGUCACUUAUUCUGUGGAUUAUCAUGUGAAUCGGAAUGUUUGAUUUCUGGUGUUCGAAAUGAAGGUAUAUAUUUCAUAAGCUGUAGUUCUGGGACGAUUCUGAAAAUUCUCCCAACGGAUAUAACACAUUUAAACUAUGUACAUAUAAAGGAAGGAAAAACACUUAUUUCCGAUUUUCAAAAUAACAUUCUACAUUGUCGAAGUAGUGAUGGCGAGCUCAAAUGGAAAUUUUCAGACAAUGUCAUGAAAGGGCCUAGGAACAUAUGCACAGACAAUUUUGGUAAUAUAUUUGUUGCCUCCCGGGAUUCAGCAAGCAUAAUCGUAAUAUCUUCAGAUGGACAUGAUUUCAAAAAAGUUCUGGGAGUUAAAGAUGGUGUUCAAUGUCCAAAAGCUGUAUGCUAUGAUGUAAUGCAAUCUAUAUUAGUUAUUGCUAGUGGAAAUGGACUUGCAAAAAAGUACAAACUUUCCUAUAUCUAGAAUAAAAUCGAAUAUAUCGCUUAUUCUUAGCAACAUAUUUUUU